AUGGGGGUGGUCCGAGCUUUGGGACGGCCCAGUUUUCAGCGGACCUGGUCUAAAGGACAUACCACACGAAGCACCGGGGGGGGCUCUGGGGGCGUGCUAGCCCCAGGCCUUCUUCCCGCCGCCCUCCGACAGCCGGGCAGCAGCCAGCCAACUGGGGAAUCACCACCACAUUGCCUUCUCGCCGCCAGCGCAGUCUCUGCGGCCAAGGCCAAUCCGUCGUCGACUGGCGAGCUCAGCCAACACUUGCCUCCGGGUCGAAACCCGUUACAAGGCUCCCCUCCAAGCGCCCGGCACUGCCGGUUCCCUUGA